UAUUUAUUUAUUUUACUUUUAGGAAUGAUAAACUGGCCAUUCUGUAGAUGAAUAAAAACAUUGAUAUUUCAGGGGUAUCAUACUGGAUGCCUCACCAUUUUAAAACGGAUUUUUUUUCUCUUAUGUUUUCAAUGACAAUAGUCAAAUAGGUUUUCAUCAAUUCUUUACUUUUGAUUUUUUUUUGGCUGCUACGUUUUUUCCGACUUUGAUAAGCAAGCGCGAGGAAGAAGCAGAGAAGAGGAAUUUAAAGGGAGCGCACGGGAGCGGUCUCGCCGGGGUCCACUCUCAUAUUCUGCAGCCUGUCAGAUAAAGCACCGCUAUUGUCAGCACGAUUCAUUGGGAAUCUCUUAACUGUUAAAGACGGAGGAACAUUACUCUAUAUGUAUCUAUAAAUAUCAUAUUUAUAUACAUAAAUUUACGGAAGACAAUCAAAAAUUUCCGUUUACGCAAGAGGUCUCAAAAUAACUUGAAAAUGAGAUUCGUGCCGUCAAGAAUAAGCUAUCUAUUACUUCAUUUCCUCGCCUUAUGUUUCCAGGCUCAGGUAACCAUUCAGUCCUCGCCUAAUUUUACACAGCAUGUGAGGGAGCAGAGCCAGGUAACGGACCAGGUGAGCCGUAGACUAAUUCGGACAUACCAGCUGUACAGCCGGACGAGUGGCAAACACGUGCAGGUCCUGGGCAACAAGAAAAUCAACGCUAUGGCAGAAGAUGGCGACGUUCACGCUAAACUCAUAGUGGAGACGGACACGUUUGGAAGCCGGGUUCGACUUAAAGGCGCAGAAACCGGAUUCUACAUCUGUAUGAACAAAAGGGGAAAGCUAAUUGGAAAGAUAAGUGGCAAAGGGAAGGAUUGUGUUUUCACUGAGAUUGUCCUGGAGAACAACUACACCGCCCUGCAGAACGCCAAGUACCAGGGCUGGUACAUGGCCUUCACCCGCAAAGGACGUCCCAGGAAGGGCUCCAAGACCCGGCAGCACCAGCGGGAGGUUCACUUCAUGAAGAGGCUGCCCAAGGGCCACCAGGCUGCCGAGCAACACAGACACUUUGAGUUCAUCAACUACCCCUUCAACAGAAGGACUAAACGCACCCGCAACUCAGCCACGCGGUAGAGCAGAAACAAGUAAUAAUAAUAAUAAUAAUAAUAAGUG